AUGGAUUUAAUACCUGCCUUCCAAGUUUCUUUGACUUGGAUGAGAAUUGUUAAUUUAUAUUUACAACAAAAAGAUGAAGAAGAUCAUUGGAGAAGAUAUUGGAUCAAACCACAUCUAUAUCCGCAAAUUAGAAAUGUUUACGGUGCUUCUUCAGUCCUUUUUUCAUAUGUGAAAAAUCAAGACCAUGAAGAAUUUUAUGACAUUUACAGAAUGAAAGAACAUCAAUUUGAUGAACUACACGAAGUAUUAAGGUUACGUCUGAAGAAACAAUAUCUUUGUCGAGAACCAUUGUCUACAGAGCUUAGAUUGGCAAUUACGCUUCAUUAUCUGGCUCAAGGAGAUAGUACCAAAACGUUAGCCAGGUACUAUUUGAUUGGAAGGUCAACAUUAUAUGAGAUUAUUGCUGAGGUGACCAAAGCAAUUUGGGAUACUUUAUCCAAAGUUCAUCUAAAAGUUAAAUCCAAUGAUGACUGGAAAACGAUUGCUGAAAAUUAUGAAAAAAGGUGGAAUUUUCCACAUUGCGUUGGGGCUUUGGACGGAAAGCACAUUAGGAUUAUAAAACCUCCAUAUUCCGGUAGCGUAUUUUAUAAUUAUAAAAAGUUUUUUAGCUUUGUGCUAAUGGCAAUGUGCGACAGUAAUUAUAAAUUUACGUGGGUGGAUGUUGGAGAUUAUGGAUCUCUGUCAGAUUCAAGUGUUUUUUCGGCCACUGGAUUUGCCCAAGAAUUAGAAAGUGGCCGUUAUCGUUUUCCUACAGGAAAAUCCUUGCCAGGAACAAAUAAAGUUAUCCCCUAUUAUAUAAUAGGAGAUGCAGGUUUUGGUUUAAAACCCUAUUUAAUGCGGCCAUAUAGCCAGAAAUUUAUUAAGAGUCAUCGUGAGGAAAAUUUUAACUUUCGUAUGAGUAUAAUUAAUUGCACAUUAUCUAGUGCACGUAUGACGAUUGAAAUUUCGUUUGGCAUAUUGACAAGCAGAUGGCGAAUUUUGCUGGGAAUGUUGUCAUUAAAAUUGGAAACAUCGAUAACCAUUGUCCAAUGUUUGAUCUGCUUACAUAAUUUUCUCAUAAGUAAUGAGGAUUAUGAGGAUGAUGAAUCCAAAUUGUAUGCGAGUGCAAAACUUAUUAACAGACUUCUCUAGGAAUAUGAGGAAAAAGUCGAAGAAGUUGAUGAAGAUGAAGAUGCAAGACGUCAUGAAAUCAAAUCUCAAAAAGAAAUAAGAGACGCUAUCGCAACAUACUUAGAAUGAAAAACUCCCUUGUAAUUUAAAAAGAUAAUGAUGUUUUUUAUUAUU